AUGCCUUGUCGUGAAAAUGUCGAGUUCACUACGCUCGAUGGGCUUACUCUCCGAGGAUGGCUGUUCCCAGCACCUGAAAGGGGCCCAGCCAUUAUCAUGACGCCAGGGUUCAAUAAUGUUAAAGAGAUGGUCACAUCUCAAGCAGCCGAACACUUUCACAAUGCUGGUUUUACAGUUCUCAGCUACGACCCAAGGUCGACAGGGGAAAGUGACGGCACACCACGGAACGAGAUCCACCCGAGUCAUAAUGUCGAGGAUUAUCACGAUGCCCUUUCGUUCCUGAAGUCGCAUCCAAUGGUCGACCCAGCGCGCAUUGCCAUUUGGGGAUACUCACUCAGUGGUACGGUAGCGCUUUGUGCUGCGGCACUUGACAAGCGUUUUCGAGCUGUGGUGGCUGUCGCUCCAACUACUGUUUGGGAGCUGUCCAAACGGCACCAGGUGCUUGCGAAAGCCAUGAUGGACAGAGAGUCCCGGCUAGUUGGAAAUAGACCCACUUACCUCCCCAUGGUGACGGAGUCGGGUGAACAGCCUGCCGGUUUCGGAACUGGUUUAGGCGCCGAGGGCGUGUACCAGAUCGUCCGAAGGGCCGUUGAUGUGCUGCCAAGUUUUGUGCCCACCACAACCCUCAGCAGUUUCUACCACAUUUCGGCGUUCCAGCCGUUCGGGUUAAUGCCCUUUGUAUCCCCCACCCCCGCCMUGUUGGUUUAUGGAGAGAAUGACUUAAUGUCUCCCCCUGAACUACAAAGGUCAUUGAUAUAUKAUGUCCUUCGGGAACCAAAGCAGCUGUUCGCAGUACCCAACAAGGGCCACAUGGACGUGCUAAGCGAUCCAAACGCCUUCGACGUCUUUGACGCCCAAGUCACUUUCCUUCGCAAAUUCCUGAAAUGA